AUGGAGAGCUUCCCCUCGAGAAAUGGCAUGUCCAGUGCCAGCACCACGGUGGCGGUUGCGGGCCUCGGCACCUCCAUUCCCCUUGACAACCAGCGCCUCCAGGCCUACAAGGGGAUCAUGAACAAGUUCUACAUGCACAAGUCGUUUGACGUCCUUUCCGACAUGGAGUUCUUGCCAGCGAUCCCAGGCGACGGCUCAGUGCUGUCGACUCCCACGUUAAGCCCUCCACUGUUGAACACGCCCGUGGCGUCUCCCAGCUUCCAGUACAACCGCAUGAACGAGUACCAUGGCCACAAGAACCCCAACAGGGUCAGCUACCCUGGCAACGGCGACAUGUCGAGCACUCCCAAGACGCGGAUGGCGUACAUGGCACAGUCGCCAAAGAGAACGCCUCCAAACCCCAACGCCAUGCCUAUGAGAAGAAGAGUGGUCAGCGCCAACCAACAGGCCCAGUACUCGCACGACUACAACACCAUCGACCACAGCUACAUGGUGCAGAACCGCAUCAACCAGUACGGCAGCCGCAACUGGUAG